GUAUGUCCUUGCUGCGCUUCUGUCGGCUUAUUCGGCUGGUCCGGGUGGUGAAAGUCUUCCGCCUCCGCUGCAUGAAGGAGCUGCGGCUGAUGGUCAGAGGCCUCGUUGCCGGCUUCCGCACGCUAUGCCUAUCUUUCGUACUUCUGGUGGCGGUGCUCUAUGUGAUCUCUGGCUUUGCUACAAUGACGAUUG